AUGGAAAUAAACCGCCGCACUCACCUUAAAUCCCUCGCCCACCGCGGCACAAUCCAAGGCGUAACAAUCUCAACAUCGUCUUCUCCCACCAGCCAAGCCAAAGACCUCUGCCACUACUUCGGCGGCGUCCGCUACGGCCUUGCCCCCGCCGAGCGCUGGCGCCGCGCCCAUCCCUUACCCGCAUCAUUUACCUACGGUAGCGAAGAGGCACCGGGCCGCUGUGAUGAGGGUGCGGGGCUUUGUCCCCAACCAGGAUUUCGACUUACGCCCGAGAGCCCGGAUGCGUGGAACGAGGAUUGCUUUCAGUGUAAUGUUUGGACGCCUAUUGGGGAUGUGCCCGAGGGGGGGUGGCCUGUUUUUGUUUAUAUUCAUGGUGGGUGGCUUCAAUUCGGCACACCCAAUUCAUUUAAUGCGGCUACAUUGAUCGGCGAGGCUGAUUUCAACUGCGUGGUUGUGAUGCCCGCGUACCGAGUCAACCUUUUUGGAUUCCUCUACUCGGCAGAACUGGAGGAGGACGCAGCCACUGCCGGAGAAACAGUUGGGAAUCAUGGAUUCUGGGACCAGAGACUAGCACUGGAGUGGACGAAGGAGAACAUCCAGCUAUUCGGUGGCAAUCCGGAGACCAUUACGAUCUCGGGAUAUUCCGCAGGUGCCAACUCCGUCUUCCAUCAGCUAGCCUACGACCUCCGCCAACCAGACGAGAACUCCCUCAUUCGUCAAGCCUGCAUCUGGUCAAACAGCCCAGCCGUUCAGCCCAAGCAGGCAACCGAAACACAAACCCAAUUCAACCAACUUCUAACCGCCCUGGACAUCCCCCUCACCCUGUCCCAUAGCGAGAAACUCACCCGGCUACGCUCAAUCCCCGCAAAAACACUCCUCGACAAAGCAAAAACAAUCCCCCUCCACCAAUUCCGCCCAACCACAGACACAUCCUUCAUCUCCCCAUCUCUGUUCACAACACUCGACAGCGGUGCCUUCGCCCGCAGCCUCCUAUCCCGCAACAUCCGCAUCAUAAUAGGCGAAUGCUGCGACGAGCGCUUCCUCUACAGCGUAUGGUUCCCGCCCACAGACAAUACCCUCUCCGCGCUGCGCACCCGUCUCGUCGCAGAUUACCCAGAACACAUCGUGGACGCUGUCAUACCGCUAUAUUACCCGGACGGCCGUCUACCGGCGCACUGCGAGAACUGGGACCAGGAUGCGUGGGGGAGGAUCUACGCUGAUAUGCAGGUUCAUCAGAUGCAGCGUGGGCUUGCGUAUGCAUUGACGGAGAAUGAGGACGGAGUGGAUGCUUCGGCGUUGCUGUUUCGGUAUCGGAUUGAGUGGCGGGCGAAGUGUGUGAUGGCGACUUUGCCGGUUGAGUGGGGGGUUACGCAUUCGUCUGAUUAUCCGGUUUGGUUCUUUGGGAAUGGGGAGAUGUUGGAGGAGGAGGAGAAGAGGGUUGUGAAGGAGGGAUUUAUUGAUCCGCUAGGGAUGUUUGUUCGUGGGGAACGGGAGUUUGGAUGGGGAACUUCUGGGGCUAGGUUGGUUAGGACGUUGAGGGCGGAUGGGAGUGUUGAGAUCGUGGAGGAUGGGAAUUGGGAGGAGGGGGUUAGAGUUUGGAGGGUGUUGAGGGAAGCUGGGAGGUGA